CAUUAGGAAAUCAGACUGCUGAUUGGUUCUUUUGUAGUCAAUAUGCCAAUCAAGUUGAUGUAGUAGAGACGGAGUAAACAGCAACCGUGUGUUGUGCUGCUGAAAUUGUUGAACUUUACAAACGAUUUUCUAUCCAAAAUAGAUUAGUGUUGGACUAAUGAAUAUUUCCAUAUUGCAAAAUUCAUUUCAAAGAAACUGAAGGAUGCUAAACGUUCGCUUUAGAAUGGAUAGAAGGACCAUAUUUGGAGUGUUAAUUAUGACCAUGCUUGGAUUUCAAAUUACAAAUGGACAAACUUCAACAUCAGGCCCUGUUGUUCUCACUAUGAAUGACACAACAACAAGUGGGCAGUUAAAUAAGAGCUCAUCAACCAAUGUCACAACAAAUGCUAUCAAUGGUUCUACCACAGAGGCAAUCAAUUCAACAGUAACAACGUCAGCUACAACCAAACCUCCUACAGUUGCAGAUGUUACUAAAGCAUCCACAACUGUUAAAUCUGUUACCCCUAAGGUCACAACUGUUCAAUCAGUUCUUACGUCAAGUAUGGUUAAUAUACCCAUUAGUACAGUGAACCCUGUGGUAGAACCCGAUUAUAAUAGCCCAUUGUUACUGCAGGAAGCUAUGAAAAACACCAUGAAUGUGACAUUUUACGGAAUAUAUAUGAGUGAGUGGAAUGACAAUGGGCUGGAGUGGAAGUUCCGUGCAGGAAUUGCGUACCAAACUAAUGAAUUCUGCGGGGAUAACAUGGACAUUUGUGGUGUCACAAUAAGGCCCAACUCAACAUACACUGGCUUUAAAGACAGUGAUGUCGUCAUUGUUGAUGGGUACCCCAAGGCUGAUAAGAACACCUUGACUGUCAAGUACUACCUGAAGUUUCCACCUGACGUAACAUUGGACUAUGUGCCCCCAACUAACUUCAUUCUUAAUAAGAAUGCUAUAUUCUAUUCUUCUGAUUCUUAUGCUGGAAGAGACAGAGUUGAGGAAAUGACAGGUUUUGCCAUCAUUGGGGUCAGCAAUAAGAGUUAUCUUCCACCUGCCGACCACUUUUGGAAUGUCAUCUUCAUCCCUGUUGCAUUCUUCCUUCUCAUCAUUGUCAUAGUAGCAGCCGUUAGUUGUCACCUUUAUAGGGUAAGAAAGCAGAAGCAGGGACGAAGGGAGAAAAAGGAAAAGCGAAAGGAGAAGAAAGAAUUGAAAACGAAACUGUUGAAUACAAAUCGACUAAAAGAUGACGAUGCAGGAAGUGAGAGUAGUCUAACCAGGAAGAACAAGGUCGGCCCAGGUGACACUCAGCUUGAAAAUGGAAUACACCAGAAUGAUCACUCCCAACCAAAUGGUGAUCAUCUAUUUGUGAUAGAGAAUGAGCGUCCAAUCCCUAAAGCUCUGCCUCCGCAACAUUCCACAGCAGGAGAAGCCACACAUCACAGUCGGCUUCCCGCGCUACCCCCACCAUCAGUCCGAAAAGAAGAUAAGAAGGAGAAAAAGAAAAAGAAAAAGAAGAAGCAUAAGAAAGACAAACAUGGAGCUUUUGAAAACCCAUUGUAUGGCACUGAAGGUGAUAACAUGAUGAGCACAAUGAAUACAACACAUCAACCAAUGAAUAGCACGAUGAACACAACACAACCAAUGAACAGUACAAUGGUAUCUACUCAACAAAUGGACCCAAACCAAAACACUAAUGUGACUAUGGGCGGCAAUAACACAGAACAAUCUAAUGUGCCACAUAAAGAAGUAACAGAGCUUUAAAGAAUUGGAUAUACAACUCCAAAGGUGUGGAUGUGAUCACUUCAACGAGCAAUAUCUCAUUAUAUUAUUUACACGAAAAUAACAUUCAUAUUUAGGUCUGUAGUCAUCUCAUUUAUAAAUUGUAAAUAUUGUAGAUAUAUUAGAAGGUGCUGAUUUCUUGUUUACUAUUAUUAUACAUGAACCAUUUAUUUUAUUUUUGAAUCUGAAUAUUUUCUUUGAAUCUCUAUAAAGCAAAUGUCUAUACUUUCACUUUGACUUAGUUGGAGAGAAUGGGGAGGUUAGGUAAGCCAAUCAACAAUUUCAUUAAAAUUUUAAUGAUGUAAAGAACGUGGUAUAAAACUAUAUGCUACUUCACCUUUUGAAAAAUUAAUUUGGAAAGAACUCCCAUUCAAUGAUACUUCUUUUUUAAUACACUCACAACUUUAUGACAACAUGACACAAAAUAGUAAAGCAAAAAUUGUUAAAGGUUCAAUGCAGAACAUUCGUUGGGUAUCAAACAGACAUAAACAUUAAGAUGUCCUCCCUGUCUCUGUAUCUGUUUCAUUUUUUAAUAUCAUUUCAAAAUCUUUAGCAAGAUCUCAAUUAUCCAUAAGUGCAUGUUGCAAUAUGGGCAGAGUGCCAUAGUGUGCUUUUGUUCUGUUUGUUUGUAUUUUGUGAUUUAAUGAACCAUGUAUUUGAAAAAAGCUUGUGUUUCUGUGAAGCACAUUAUAUAUUUAAUGUCCUAGAGUAAUUAUCUUCACAUUUAUUAGUUAUGUUAGUUUGAUUUCUCAUGUGCUUUGUUCAAACUACAUUUGUAUGGAAGUAUAGGGUAUUCAAUGGGCAAAGUUGAAUAUUUGAAGAUGUAUUGUGAAAGUUUGAGAUAAUAAUAUUGAUAACAAAACAUUUAAGAGCAAAAUUAACUUUCUUAUUGCACGUCCUGUACUGUUAACUAGUUAUUGCAUAAUAGACAAACUUAAGAUCUCAUUUCUCUCAGGAAGAGUUGAAAACUAUAUGACUACAUGUACAGGUUGGCCCAAAAUGCCAACCUCUAAUUGCAAGAAGAUACCACCAAAAUUAUGAAUGUUAUUCAAAAUUAGAGGGUUCCAUAUUUUGGAUCACCCUGUACAUGAAAGUUAAUUUUCAAUUACAAUGUUUCUGUUUUAAAUCUUUAGAUGCCAAAUCAAGUUUGUAUAUAAAAAUGUGAAUAGGACAGAACUAUUGUAACUUUGUAAAUAAUUAUUUUGUAAAAGUAUGAACUUAUUUGUAUAAACAUGUGUACAGUAGAAGAAAAUGCUAAGUUCCAAUGGAGAACUUUAAUAGUUAUAGUCGUAUUACAAUCAUUUAACAAUGUAAUUGAUCUUUGUUAUGAUUAUAUCAAGUCUUCUGUUAGCCUACAUUUCUCCACUAGAUCUGUCUUAUUAUUUUUCAUUAUUUUAUUCCGUCCAAAACAUGUUAAGUACAUGUUUGUAAUAAAUAAAUGUCAA